CUUAAGGACACUAUUUCUGUUUUGCAUUAGUGUAAUGAAAUACUUUAAAUGAAUCAAGCUCAGCUUUGUCAGUUAAGAAAACCUUAAUAUUGUAUGAAUCUGUUUUCUUGGUUGUUUAUAAAGUUCUGUGUCUCAGGUGGGCUGGAGCCUAUAACAGCUGGAUGAGAGUUCUUUGGUAUCUGCUGUGCUGCUGCUUCACUCUCUCUCUUUACAGAAAGUUGUAGAAGUUUUCAGACGUGUCACUGCUGGAUGUGAGGAUGGGAGCCACUUUGCUCUGUGAGCUGGGCCUAUUCUUGCUCUGUACGCUCCUCUGCACUGGACACGCUCAAGAUGCUGUGCUAACUAUUGAACCCAGCUGGUCCAGUUUUUUCAUUGGAGAGUUUGUUACCUUCAAAUGUGACAUGAAUGAAGGAAAAGACACUGACUGGUGGUACAGAAUCAGCAGGGAUGGUCGAGAAUUUCUCUCCUACAGGGAAAACAAAGACUCGAAAUUAGAAAUUAUAUAUGCAGAUUACAGUGGUGAAUAUCAGUGCACUGGUGAGAAGAAGAUCUCACGUGUUACAAAGAACAGUAAUACUGUCUCUGUAACUGUAUUAGCAGAUAAAGCCAGGGCCACACUGACAGCAGGAACAACAAUCAUACCAGUAGGGGGCAGUGUGACACUGACCUGCUCUGUGCAGAGCUCUGAUGGAUGGAAAUAUGAGUGGUUCAGACGAACUCAGAGAACCUCUGAAGUUCAAAUCAGAGAUCAACAAAACAGAGAUAUCAGAGUAUCUCAAGGAGGAAUCUACAGCUGCAGAGGAACAAGAGGAAACCCAGUUUACUACACUGAUAUAAGUGAUGAUGUCACCAUUGAGAUAACCUUUUCCAAUAAAGUUGUUGUAAAACAACAACCCAACUGGCCUCAGAUAUUCAGAGGUGAGACGAUCACUCUGACAUGUGAGGUGCAGGAAGGAGGUGAAACCACUGAGUGGGAGUAUGAAUGGAGAGGACCCAGCACACCCACACAGUGGACACACAAUAAUGAUGUGACAUUCAGAGUUUCUGAGUCCAGCAGUGGAGACUACAUGUGUAAGAGUCGGCAUUUGAGAGAUGACUCAUAUUCUUCAACAGAGUGGAGUGAAGCCUUCACAUUGUCAGCAUCAACAGCAUCUGAGCCUGAAAGUUCUUCAUUUCUCACUCCUUUGAUUGUUGGACUCGUUUGUGGAAUUUUACUGAUUCUUCUUCUUCUGCUGUUGUGUCGCUUCAAACAAUCAAAGGAUUCAUUCUUUACCAGGACUCGGAGCACAAAUCAGAGUUCUGCAAUGAACCACAUGAUCAAGGAUGAAGCUCAACACAGUCGACAUACUUCUACUCUUCAAGGUGAUGCUUGUGUUUAUGAAUCAAUCAAAGACCACGAUGACACACAAAAUGAUGACAGUGUGUUGUAUGCACAGGUCUCCCACGAUAAAACCAAGAAAGACAACGAUGACACCCUGUUGUACGCACAGGUCUAUUACAAUAAAGCGAAACCGAAGAGACACAAAGGGAAACCAGCUCCUGCAGCAGCUGAUGAAACAGUUUAUUCUGAAGUUAAAUCAAAAACAGCUCUGGAUUAAUAACAAGAUCUGCAAAACCAACUGGAUCAGUGACAAAACUGAGUUUCAUUUGAAUUUAAGAGAUCAUUGGAGAAAUUGAGAUUAUGCACUGUUCUGUAAAAUAAAGUAAAAUAAAAAAAAUCUUUCAUCAUAAUAGCCCAAGUGAUGAUCUGGCUUUGAGACCAGGAUGCUUUGCACACAUGAACAUUCACUGAACUGCAAGUGUUGUUACAUGUUCGCUGCUAAAUAAAUAAAUAAAUAAAAAAUACAAAUAAACAACAUCUUGAAAUCAAAAUAAUCAAUCUAGAGGGGGCUGAAUUUUGAUACACAUCAAAGUGAAAAAAAAAGAUGCAGAAAUUUCAUUGCACCAACUCAAAAUG